CGAGAGAGCCAAGGGAGGUCGGCUGUGGGCUACGGAGAGGUGCGGCGUGUGGACUGAGGACAGCCAAGCGCAGCAAAGUACACCCGAUCCGAUCCAAAAGAUUUAUCAGUUGUUCUUAACUCCUCGGAAUUCGGCUAGGAAGAUUUACACAAAACACAGCAAACAUGGGAGUUGGAGAAGGCCGUGACAAGUAUGAGCUGGCUGCCACCUCGGAGCAGGGAGGGAAGAAGAAGAAGAAGAAGGGGAAGAAGGACAAAGACAUGGAUGAGCUGAAGAAGGAAGUCGACUUGGAUGAUCACAGGCUUACUCUGGAUGAACUUCAUCGGAAGUAUGGCACUGACCUCAGUCGGGGUUUAACUGUUGCACGUGCUGCAGAGAUCCUGGCGCGAGAUGGCCCCAAUGCCCUGACUCCUCCCCCCACCACCCCCGAGUGGGUCAAGUUCUGCAAGCAGAUGUUCGGCGGUUUCUCCAUGCUUCUGUGGACUGGAGCUGUUCUCUGUUUCCUGGCUUAUGGAAUUCAGUCUGCCAUGGAGGAAGAACCUGUUAAUGACAAUUUGUACCUGGGUGUUGUACUUUCUGCUGUCGUCAUCAUCACUGGCUGUUUCUCAUACUACCAAGAAGCGAAGAGCUCGAAGAUCAUGGAGUCCUUCAAAAACAUGGUUCCUCAGCAAGCUCUGGUUAUUCGAGAUGGGGAGAAAAAGAGCAUAAAUGCGGAGGAGGUUGUUGUUGGAGACCUGGUGGAAGUGAAGGGGGGAGACCGGAUACCUGCUGAUCUGAGAAUCAUCUCGGCUCACGGCUGCAAGGUUGAUAACUCUUCACUCACAGGGGAGUCAGAGCCGCAGACCAGAUCUCCUGACUUCUCCAAUGAAAACCCUCUUGAGACCAGAAACAUUGCUUUCUUCUCCACCAACUGUGUUGAAGGCACUGCUCAUGGGGUUGUCAUCAACACUGGUGACCGAACCGUGAUGGGCCGUAUUGCAACUCUUGCUUCUGGUCUGGAAGUUGGUCGCACACCCAUCUCUAUUGAGAUAGAGCACUUCAUCCACAUCAUCACUGGGGUGGCGGUGUUCCUGGGAAUCUCCUUCUUCAUCCUCUCCCUGAUCCUUGGCUACAGUUGGCUGGAGGCCGUGAUCUUCCUGAUUGGAAUCAUUGUGGCCAAUGUACCUGAAGGUCUCCUGGCUACAGUCACUGUCUGUCUGACUCUCACAGCAAAACGUAUGGCCCGUAAGAACUGCCUGGUGAAGAAUCUGGAAGCUGUGGAGACUCUGGGGUCCACCUCUACCAUUUGCUCAGACAAGACUGGCACCCUGACCCAGAACAGAAUGACCGUUGCUCACAUGUGGUUUGACAACCAGAUUCAUGAAGCCGACACCACCGAGAACCAGAGCGGUACGUCUUUUGACAGAAGCUCUCCAACCUGGGCAGCUCUGGCCCGGGUUGCCGGCUUGUGCAACCGCGCUGUGUUUCUGGCUGCACAGGAGAACGUGCCAAUUCUGAAGAGAGAUGUUGCUGGUGAUGCCUCAGAAGCUGCCCUGCUGAAAUGUAUUGAGCUGUGCUGUGGGUCUGUGAAAGGAAUGAGAGAGCAGUAUCCCAAAGAGGCAGAAAUCCCCUUCAAUUCAACCAACAAGUACCAGCUGUCUAUCCAUAAGAACCAAAAUCCAUCCGAAUCCCGAUACCUCCUGGUGAUGAAGGGCGCCCCAGAAAGAAUUCUCGACCGCUGCUCCACCAUCCUGAUGCAGGGCAAGGAACAGCCUUUGGACGAUGAGAUGAAGGAUGCUUUCCAGAAUGCCUACCUUGAGCUCGGUGGCCUGGGAGAGAGAGUGCUUGGAUUUUGCCACUUUGCCCUGCCUGAUGACCAGUUUACUGAAGGGUUUCAGUUUGACACCGAUGAGGUGAACUUCCCAACCGAGAACCUCUGUUUUGUGGGCUUGAUGUCCAUGAUUGAUCCUCCCCGUGCUGCUGUGCCUGAUGCUGUUGGCAAGUGCAGGAGUGCAGGAAUUAAGGUUAUCAUGGUUACUGGUGACCAUCCCAUUACGGCCAAGGCCAUUGCAAAGGGUGUUGGGAUCAUCUCUGAGGGCAACGAAACUGUGGAAGAUAUUGCAGCCCGUCUGAACAUCCCUGUUAGAGAGGUGAACCCCAGAGAUGCCAAAGCCUGUGUAGUUCACGGCGGUGACCUGAAGGAUAUGACUUCCGAGCAGCUGGAUGACAUCCUAAAAUACCACACUGAGAUCGUGUUUGCUCGAACCUCUCCUCAGCAGAAGCUCAUCAUCGUGGAGGGCUGCCAACGACAGGGUGCCAUUGUAGCCGUGACUGGUGACGGAGUGAACGACUCCCCUGCCCUGAAGAAAGCAGAUAUCGGUGUUGCUAUGGGCAUAGCUGGAUCAGACGUCUCCAAACAGGCUGCUGACAUGAUCCUGCUGGAUGACAACUUUGCUUCCAUUGUGACCGGUGUAGAAGAAGGCCGUUUGAUCUUUGAUAACCUGAAGAAGUCCAUUGCCUACACCCUGACCAGUAACAUUCCUGAGAUCACACCUUUCCUGCUCUUCAUCAUUGCCAACAUUCCUCUGCCACUGGGAACUGUCACCAUUCUGUGCAUUGACUUGGGCACUGACAUGGUUCCUGCUAUUUCCUUGGCUUAUGAACAAGCAGAGAGUGACAUCAUGAAGAGACAGCCAAGAAAUCCAAAAACAGACAAGCUGGUGAACGAGAGGCUUAUUAGUAUGGCCUAUGGUCAGAUUGGUAUGAUUCAGGCCCUGGGAGGCUUCUUCACCUACUUUGUCAUUCUUGCUGAGAAUGGUUUCCUACCAUCUGACCUGCUUGGGAUCCGUGUGUCUUGGGAUGACAAAUACGUCAAUGAUGUGGAAGACAGCUAUGGUCAACAGUGGACUUACGAGCAAAGAAAAAUUGUUGAAUUCACCUGUCACACAGCAUUCUUUACAAGCAUUGUGGUGGUGCAGUGGGCCGACUUGAUCAUCUGUAAAACAAGAAGAAAUUCUGUCUUCCAGCAGGGAAUGAAGAACAAAAUCCUCAUCUUUGGUUUGUUUGAAGAAACCGCUUUGGCAGCCUUCCUGUCUUACUGCCCAGGAAUGGACAUUGCCCUCAGAAUGUACCCACUCAAACCAAACUGGUGGUUCUGCGCCUUCCCCUACUCCCUACUUAUCUUUAUUUAUGAUGAAAUCCGGAAACUUAUCCUCCGACGCAGCCCAGGAGGUUGGGUGGAGAGAGAGUCGUAUUAUUAAAGGAUCGCCGCCUGCCACACGGUUCCAUGCAUGGUAGUCGUGCUGCUCUGACCUUUAACCUCAGUAACUUUUGGAUGUUUUUAUAUAGAAUGCUCAAAACAACUGAGUUAGAAACUGAGACUUUUGGUGUUUGUUCUGGAGCAGGAAAUAUUUUAUACAUGGUUUUUAACAGUAAUUAAAAAUAAACUUUGUCAAGUCUCA